AUGCCGCCUACCAAGCAGCAUCGAGCACGCCGUCAGACCGCACCAUCUGGUCCCCCGCGGAAGCCAACCGCCAACGAAACCCGAUCAACACUCGAGCCACCAACAGAACACCCAGACACUGCCCUGGAUUCGAGCAUCCCUAAGUGGGAAAAUGAACUCGAGUUCUCCGAAUGGUUCAAUGGCGUGAAGGAUGACCUGAUCGAGGAGAGCUACGACCAAUACCAAAACUGCUUGGACGACCUGCAACAAUCGCGUGAGCAUAUUGAUGACAUCUUGGCGAACACCUUGACCCUACUCGACUCUCUUUCACAUCUGUCUAAAGAGUUCAAUUCCGUCGAGUCGCAAACCUCCAAUUUCGAGAAGCAGUGCGAGGGUCUCCUGGCUGCCCAGGAACGGGAUACAAAGCUUGCGAAUGGCAUACAGACCAAUCUCCACUACUACGAGUUCCUGGAUCCUGCCUCACGGCGACUCAAUGCCCCGGGUGCCGGAAAUACGGUUCGUGAUGAGGAGUUCUCCGACAUGCUUCGACGACUCGACGUCUGUUUGGACUACAUGGAAACGCAUCCCGAGCAAAAGGAGGCGGAAGUUUAUCGAUCCAGAUACCGGUUACUGUUGACCCGUGCCCUCACGCUGAUUCGAGGCAAUUUCGUGUCGUCUCUUCGGGAUAUCUAUCAAAGCGUUUCAAAGAAGAUAUCAGAUCAGUCAUUGAAUGACACAGCUCUGUCCGCCCUUCUCUAUGCCAAGUUUAGGGUUGGGGCUCCAGAGCUGAAACAAAUUGGGGUGGAAAUUCAAAAAAGAGCCGUCCCACCAUUGAAUUCAGAACAGAACAACGAGGCAGAAUACCAGAGCUUGAUGAAUGAAUUGCACAGCAAUUACGCCGCGACGCGCGUACGACUCAUCGUACCGCUGGCUCGCAAGAAACUCAGUGAAAUCACGCGGACCCCAAGUUCAUCCAAGGAUUUGGUCGCGUUUGCUCGGGCGAGUAUCAGCUACAUUCGUGGGCUAUGCUUGGACGAAUACGACUUGUGGGGUGAAUGGUUCCAUGGUCAGGUAGGAUUGUAUGAUUUCCUUGAGACCAUUUGUGAGCCACUCUAUGACCACCUUCGUCCUCGAAUCAUCCACGAGACCGAUAUUCGCAAUCUUUGUCAACUCUGCACUCUCUUACAGACUCGGUACUUCCUGGAUCCCGAAGAAGAGCCAGAGCAAACUGAUGCGAAUCAACUCGACUUUUCCAUUCUGAUCCAGCCGGCUUUACAAGAUGUUCAGACUCGCCUAGUCUUCCGGGCUCAGGCGGUGCUUCGGGACGAAAUCGAGAGAUACAAACCCCGCCCAGAAGAUGUGGAUUAUCCCAUGCAUAAAAGAUACAUCUGCGGACACAAUGAUCGACAUGACCAAGCCUACCCAAGGGGGGAUGAAACUACCGUUGCCACAGAGCAGGAUGGGAAGUGGGAUUUCGAGACUCAGACUGCACUUAAGGGGUGGUAUCCGACCUUGCGAAAGGCGAUCUGGCUCCUCAGUCGGAUCUACCGUCUAGUAAAUUCCACUGUCUUUGAUGAUCUUGCUCAUCAAAUCGUCCAUCAAACUACUCUUUCCCUUCAUAGCGCCAGCACGAUUAUCUCCAGCAAAUCUACUGGUGCAGAUGGCCAGCUCUUCCUUAUGAGCCAUCUUCUCAUCCUGAAGCAGCAAAUCGUCGCCUUCGAUAUCGAGUACGUGGCCCCGGAGGUGUCAUUUGAUUUCUCGGGCGUAACAAGCACAUUCUGGGAACUCCGCGAGCGGGGCGGUCUCUUCAACCCGCGCAAUCUGAUGCGUCUUGUCGGCCAUGGCCUUCUUCCGCGCGUGGUUGAAAAUAUGCUUGACGCCAAAGUCGAACUAGACGGCCGUCUUCGAACGGUUAUCAACGACUUUAUCAAUGCCUUCGCCUCUCGCAUGACAGCUUCACUACCCACAAAGUUUAUCGAUACCCGUAACUUGCAGUACGGAGAACUCGUUCAUCCCUCCUGUCGCACAAUCGAGAAGGAAGUCCCGGCUCUACGCAAGAUCCUUAACGAGUACAUCGACGAUACUAGGAUGAAGGAAACCCUUGUUGGAGCGGUGCAGGAUCGCACAAUCCAGAUAUAUGAGGACUUCUUCGACAAGUACACGUCAUCCGAGAAAGGAAGGGGUCAUGCCGUCAAUAAGAUUGGCAAGGGUGGGGACGAUGCCGUGUGGGAUGUUGAAACUUUCGCAGUGUGGUGCGAGGGGAUAUUCCGAGUCGGCGUCGCGGGUCUGCAAUCUGAGCAGGUAGACGACCUUGCUGAGGAUGACGACGAUGUACUGAGCACGCGCUCUUAG